UUAAAGAUGAGCUGGACCAUCAUCCUGAUCCUAGGUGAGUUAAACUCGAUCUUCAGAUGCAUAAACACUUGCUCGAUGGAUGAAUCUCUGCGUUCUUUAAGUUGGCUUCCAGCCUGGGCCGUCCUUCGGCUGGACUUAUCACUUUUCUGACUCCAAGACGAUGAACUGGACCGAGGCCAGGAAGUGGUGCCAGAGCCGCUUCUCGGACAUGGUGGUUUUCCAGAACCAGAAGGAGAACGACUACGUGGUCUCCCUGCUGCCAAACAAGACGAACAGCCCCUACUACUGGAUCGGAAUCACCAAGAACCACCUGAAUGAAACGUGGAAAUGGAUCGGCCACAACAGCACGUGGGUGGGGGAGGAUUCCUGGGCCGCAAAGGAGCCCAACAACGUCCACGUCAACGAGUUCUGCGUGGAGAUCUACGUCAACAACAGGUCGAACCGAGGGAAGUGGAACGACGAGAAAUGUUCCAACCUCAAAUUCCCUGUGUGCUAUGAAGCUCAAUGCAAAAACACGUCGUGUGAGAGAGGCUCCUGCCAAGAAACCAUCGAAAACACGACCUGUCUCUGUGAAGACGGUUUCUAUGGAGACAGGUGUCAAACAGGUGAGGACAUGUUUUCGGUCUGAAUCAGGGGUCUGCAACCUCCGGAGUCACUCUUUUACCUCUCAAUAGUGUAUAUUAGCAAAGUGUUUCUGUGUCUUUCUCAUUCCUUUGUGAAGCCUCUACAUGUUUAUUUUUUUUUUUGUGAACAUGUUUGCUUUUC